GUUCAGUCGUGAAUGCGCUGGAACGCAAGUAAGAUCUCGCACCGUUUUUGCGCGACGCGUACACAGAAAUCGAAAGUGAUCAGUUAAGACCUUACAAAACCCGCACACGCACGCUCAAAAUGCCCUCCCUGCUGGCCAUCACACUUGGCCUAAUGGCCCUCUGGCUCCCGUCGGCGACGUCCCAGCGCGAGGUGUUCCGGCUGUUCGAGAACUGCCGGCUCGGCAAGCCCGACUUUGACCCGUGCGUAAAGAAAGCGCUCAACUCGAUCCGGCCCUGGUUCAAAACGGGCCUGCCGGAGUUCAACGUGGCCCCGUUCGAUCCCCACCGGGCCGAUGUCGUGGAGCAGGUUCGCGGUGACCGGGAUGGGUUCGCCGGGUAUCGGUUGCGGUUGCUGGACGUGUCCGAGUGGGGCUGGGCAAAGUCCGAGGUCACCAAGUUCAAGACGGACUACAAGAACAACCAGAUUGUGUACUCGCAGUACUUCCCGGAGAAGGGCCUGAAUGGGGAGUACGAGUUCGAGUCGAAGCUGCUGGGAAGCCAGCGCAAGACGAAGGGGUCGUUCAACUUGACUUUGUUUGACUACAGCCAGACUACGACUGUGAGCAGGAUUGGCGGCCAGGGAGGACUGCUGAAGGUACGAGUUGCCGUUGAUAAGAUCGGUGACAUGAAGCUGCACAUUUCGGACCUGUUCCAUGGGGCCAAACUUUUAGAAUCGAUGGCCGACUUCCUUAUCAACACCAUGUGGCAGCCUUCGUUACCUUUCGUGAAGCCACUGAUCAACGAUCUGGUCAGUACGGCCUUCACCGACAUCUUCAACGAAUCCUUCCGGUACUUCCCGCUGAACGAAGUGAUACACUAGCCACAGGCUCUGCGGGGGGAGGUGUUUUGUAUCUUUUAGAGGACUGAAAUAAAUCUAGCUGUACCAUUUAUCUUUUA